AAUCUGAUUAUUAUUUUUUUCACCAUUCUUUAUCUUUUUUUUCCUCGCUUUAUUUUAGAAUACUUAUAACAUGAAUUUAUUAAAAUCCACAAUUUGUUCACAGUUCUCUUGUGCUUUUACAAAAGAAUCUAAGCUGGUAACGAAUUUGAUUUAAUUUAUCUAAGAGACCAUUCACUCCAUGACAUGAUUAGAAUAUAGAUAAAUGUGAUAAUUCUAUUUAGCAAGAAAAAAAUUGGAGAUACAUACGUUAGAAAAGGCUUGCUAGUGACUUUUUCUAGGAGCUAUAAUGUAAUAAAUAGUUUUUUAACGUAUUUAAAUUGGCAUUAUAUAGGAUCAUCAAUGUCACCGCGCUGUUGCAUAACCACACUAGUGUUCGUAAAGAACUGACUGUAAAUGUAAAGUAUUUUGAUACAAUAAGUCCACACUUUUAAGUUUGCAAAAUGAUGAUUUAUAUAUAAAACACAAUGCAGAAUGAACUUGAACAGGAACAGGAAGAGGAGGAACACGUUAAUACCAAAAGUCCUUUUCUUGAAAGAGUAGAAAGCAAUCCUCGAUUUUUUGAAAGAGUUUAUUCAUUAGCUAAAAUGACAACCGUGGUGGACAGAGCUGCAUUUGAUAAAAAGAAGCAAAGAGUUCAUUGGAUAUCUAAGGAAAGCAAUUUAGAUUCUGAUGCUAUUGGCGAUGAUAGCAUUCCUCAAAAUUGCACUGAAAGCGAAGACGACAGUAUUAAUUUAUGCGAUGACGCUAAUUUAGCAUAUAAGUUUGCAUCCAAGAGAUCUUGGAAUUGUGAUAUAAAUAACACAAUUGAACAGCAACAAACAACAUCUUUUUCUAAUGAUGAAAAUUUUUAUUACGGAAAUGAAUUUGUUAAGGAUAACACGUGGACAAAUAUUGGGCUGCAGUGUUACAAGGAAGGCACGUUUUUUGAGGAUUUUGAUCGUGCUGAUAACAAGACUUUCUUGGUACUUGCUAGUCGACUGGGUAAAGUUUACGUAUAUCGGUUCAACAAGUCCAAAUCGUUGUGGUUAUUCGGACCGACAAACGUCAUUCGGAAAAGCAUAAUUUAUAUGAUAACAAAUCAGAUUUUUGAAUUCUUUGUAAUUCUAACUAUCCUAGUCAAUUGUGUUUUCCUGGCAUUAGACAACGCUCCAGAAGAAGCUGAAUACGUUUUCACUGCAAUAUACACGACAGAAAUGAUUCUUAAAAUCAUUGCCAAAGGUUUUGUGUUUCACAGUUUUGCAUACCUACGAGAUCCAUGGAAUUGGUUAGAUUUUAUUGUUGUUCUGCUUGGAUACAUGACUUUAGCACCAGGAAUGAUGGUGAAUUUUUCUGGUAUAAGAACAUUUCGGGUGUUGCGAGCUCUUCGGACAAUAUCAGCCAUUGAAGGUUUAAAAACCAUGGUCAAUGCGUUAUUAAAAUCCAUGCGGAUGUUAUCAGAUGUGUUAAUACUGACUGCGUUUUUUAUAUGUGUGUUUGCACUUGUUGGACUUCAGCUAUUUUCUGGCGACUUUCAUAACAAAUGUGUCAAAAGCAACUUGACAAUCUCUGAAAAUAAAACGUGGCUGCAAGAAAUAAAAAAAACAUCCAACUGGUACGAACCAAUCCAAAUAUGUGGAAACGUUACCGGUUCAAUGGUAUGUCCGUCCAAUUAUACAUGUCUCCCAGACGUUGGAGAGAAUCCCAAUUUUGGCUUCACAAGUUAUGACAAUUUUGGUUGGGCUCUGUUGACGUCAUUUCAAUUAGUCACGCUUGACUUUUGGGAGGAUGUAUAUUUACAUAUUGGUUCAUCUAUGGGCCCCUGGUAUGUGUUUUAUUUCAUGAUUGUCAUCUUCUUUGGUUCGUUUUACUUAAUUAACUUGGUGCUAGCUGUCGUGGCUGUAUCUUAUCAACAAGAAACUGCACAUAACGCGGACUUGGAGAGCCAAUAUGAAUUUCUUCGUCAGGUUGCAUCCUCUUACUCGCUCCAUAAAAGAAUUUUACCGAAGUUGUUAUUUGAUGACCCAAAUAUAGACAGUAUAAGUAAUUUAUCAUGCGUAAAACAGGGUCCAAGCGUCAUUAUUUUAUCCAGCACUUCAAACACAUCUAAAGCAACAAGUAAUACUAUCGCACUUGGACGUGUAUUUCAUCCUAAAAGAGCUAGAAAUCAAAACAAGGGAUCAGAUACACCGAAAACAAUAGCCAAUCAGAAGCUUACAAGUAUCAUAAACAGAGUAAAAUUAGACAGAGUGAAAGAUAAAUUAAGAAAUGAUAUAUCAACAAACAAAACCAAUGCAGGCAAUGCACCUUUGACGAGAAAGCUUAACAUUGCAAGUGUUAGAAGCGUAGGGAGAACAUUGCAUGUUCCUACAGCUAGCAAUCAAACGAGAAGACCAACUGUAACAAGAAGAGCAAGUAAUAAAGCUAAAACACAAACAAAGAAACACGACUCUCUCUCUGUCAAAAAGCCGUCUCUUAGCUCUCGUGUAUCAAGUCGUUUAAAUGCUGAUACGCAAACGCAAUUCCCAGAACCCUUUGCAGACGUUGAUAAGGAAGAUUUAAAGCCAUCACAGAAGCUUCGAUUAAAAGUUUAUAACUUUGUGAUGAGUCCUUGGUUUGAGCUUGGUGUGACUUUGUUUAUUUUAUUAAAUACUAUAUGCUUGGCGCUGGAAUAUGAUCGAAUGAAUCCAAAAUUCAAACAAGCUUUGGAUAUAUCGAAUCACACAUUCACUGGCAUUUUUAUCGUUGAGAUGGUGUUAAAGUUAAUUGCGUUCUCCCCGUUUGGAUAUGUGAAAAGCAAAUGGAAUAUAUUUGAUGGUCUGGUCGUCAUCCUAAGUGUAAUAGAUCUCUGCAUUGAGAUUGCAACGACCACUGAUAAUGGCGAUUUUACCAUAAUCAGAUCGUUACGACUGUUUCGAGUGUUAAAACUGGCUCAAUCAUGGUCCACAAUGCGAUUGCUACUAUCAGCCAUCGGCAGGAGUUUGAACGCAUUGGGAAACCUAACCUUAAUUCUCGGCAUUAUUGUUUAUGUAUUUGCUGUAGUAGGAACGCAUGUAUUUGGAGAUAGUUACAAGCCUGAAAAAUUUGAAGACAAUCAGGUUCCUGUCUGGAAUUUUAAUAACUUUGGUCACUCUAUAAUGGUCAUAUUUCGCGUUUUGUGUGGUGAGUGGAUCGAACCUUUGUACGAUUGUAUGCAAACCACUGGAACAUGGGCUGCUGCCUUCUUUAUGCCAGCUUUGAUCGUUGGUAAUUUCUUGGUUUUAAAUCUGUUUUUGGCUUUGCUUUUAAACUCUUUCGCCGAUCAAGCUAUGGAAGAGGAACUGAAAAAGCGAAACUCAAUGAAAUCAAAACUAAAAUGGAUAUCGAGUACACGAAAGCUGGCAAGACUUCAAAAUGCCUUUAAGGGGCAAAGAAUUGGUCCAGAUGCAGGUUCUCAAAUGCCUUCUAUUGCAGCAUCAAAUGGAGCUGCAAAAGCAACAAUGGAAGAAGAACUACAGAAAUCUACAUUGGAAAAUAAAGAUGUGAUUGGUAGUACUGAAUUUCAAAACGGAAACGCCGUUCCAAGCACAAUAGUAAACCUUGGCAUUGCUCAAAAUAAAAACGAGAAUGGCCUUGGUGCAUUUCGAGCUAAUAUAUCACCAACACACUCUCUGUAUUCCUGCAAUUCACAAUUAAGCAGCCCAAAGAAAGAAAACAAAAACAACAAUAACAACAACAACAACAAUAAUGACGCUUAUGGAAAACUAGAUCCAUUUUGUCCGUCUUUGCCUUGUUGCUUUUUUGGAGACGAAAAAACAAAAUUUAAAAAUGAAACAUGGACAAAGUUUCGAAUGCAAAUUAAAACUUUAAUUGAAAACAAAUGGUUCGAGAAUGGAAUUUUAGUGUUGAUUGCUGCAAGCAGUCUCAUACUGGUGUUUGAAGACAUUUAUCUUUCAACAAAACCAAACUUGGUGAAAGCACUUGAUAUUUUAAAUAUAAUAUUUUGUGUACUGUUUUUCUUUGAGUUUGUUUUGAAAGUGAUCGGGCUUGGUGUGUACACCUACGUCAAAAAUCCGUGGAAUUGUUUGGAUUUUGUUAUUGUAAUGGUAUCUAUCGUCAGCGUGAUCAACAUUUACACAAAUUCAGCAAACAAUAUAAAAACACUGCGUUCCCUUCGCACAUUGAGAGCAUUGAGACCAUUACGUGCUGUCUCGAGAUGGGAUGGAAUGAGGAUUGUAGUGAACAGCUUAUUAAAAGCCAUUCCAAGCAUUGGUAAUGUACUGCUUGUGUGCCUGGUGUUUUGGCUCAUUUUCAGCAUCUUGGGCGUCCAGUUUUUUGGAGGGAAAUUCUUCAAAUGUGUUGAUCACAAUGGAAAUCGAUUAGAUGCAAAAAUAAUUCCAAAUAAAACAGCUUGCUUGGUUAGUGGGUACAGCUGGAAAAAUUCUCAUGUUAAUUUUGAUAACGCUUUGAAUGGAUUUUUACCAUUACUGCAAGUCGCCACAUUUGAAGGUUGGAUUGAAGUUAUGCGAGAUGCUGUCGAUGCAACUAAAAUUGAUGAACAACCUGUGAGGGAAAACAACUUUGUUGCUUACUUUUACUUCGUUAUUUUUAUAAUAAUCGGCGCCUUUUUUAUUCUAAAUCUCUUCAUUUCCGUCAUCAUUGAUAAUUUUUAUCGGUUAAAGAAACAGUACGAUGAUGGGGGUACUAUUGAGGUGUUCCUCACAACGGAGCAGAAGCAAUGGUUCUCAACCGUAAAGAAGGCUUUAACGAAAAAGCCAAAAAGGAUAAUACAUCGCCCACAGAAUUACUAUCACGCGAAAAUAUUCGACUUAACGAUCAGUCCAAAAUUCGAGACGUUCACAAUGUUUAUGAUUUUGUCAAACAUUUUCAUCAUGAUGUUUCAACACUAUCAACAGCCUGCAGAAUACACAAAGAUGUUGCAUAUAGUAAACAUUGUCUUUACUGUUAUUUUCAUCAUUGAGAUGAUUGUGCGCAUCAUUGGAUUACGACAUCAAUAUUUCACCGACAAGUGGAACUUAUUUGACUUUGUUAUCGUCAUUCUUUCUGUCGUGGGCAUUAUUCUUGAAUACAUGAAUGUGAUCCUAUCAGUUACACCUAGUGUACUAAGAGUAGCACGAGUGCUGAGAAUUGGUCGACUUUUACGUUACUUCAACAGUGCUAAGGGAAUUCGCCGUCUACUUGUUGCAUUAGUUAUCUCGCUGCCGGCUUUAGUCAACAUUGGAGCAUUACUUUUUCUUAUCCUAUUUAUAUACGCUAUAAUUGGUAUGUCGAACUUUGGCUACGUUAGAAAACACGGAGCAUUAAACAAUGUUGUUAAUUUUGAAACAUUUGGAAAUAGCGUAUUAGUUUUGUUUCGAUUAGCCAGUUCGGCAGGUUGGAAUGAGGUUUUAGAUGCAUUAAUGGUACAACCGCCAGAUUGUGAUCCAAACUAUAAAAACAUUCCCAAUGGCAACUGCGGCAGUCCAUGGAUUGCGGUUGUGUAUUUAGUGACUUUUAUCUUGAUAACUUAUUUGAUCAUUGUCAACAUGUACAUUGCUGUUAUUUUGGAAAAUUUUAAUCAAGCUCACGAGCAAGAGGAGAUAGGAAUUACAGAUGAAGAUAUAGAAAUGUUUUAUGCAGUAUGGCAGCUGUAUGAUCCACUUGCAACUCAGUACAUCGAGUUUGAAAAGUUACCUUAUCUAGUGGCAAAUCUUGGUGCACCAUUAGGCAUACCUUUUCCUAAUAAGGUUGCAGUGCACAAUCUGAAUUUGCCAAUGAGGAAUGAUGAUAAAAUUCAUUGCAUUGAUGUACUGCAAGCACUUCUGGAACGAUUUUUAGGUAACAUGGACCAAGCCGAUACGGAGCACUAUGAUAACAUGAAAAAGACUAUCGAUCAGAAACUUCAAGCCGCCUUUCCAAUACGACAAAAGGAUGACAUGAAAACCACAACGAUGGAUCGCUUAAAAGAAGUUAAAGCUGCCUUAGUAAUUCAGCGUCAUUUUCGAAAUUGGAAAGCGAAAACACAAAAGCUAGGCGAACCACACAAGAAAUACUCCAACGACAGCGUUUUUCACUCGUUUAUUAGUGUUAGAGGAAGCAAAACGCCACACACAAACAGAACUCGUAAAAAACCUAUACAUAGAUUGUUAUCGGACGCGAAGGUCUCGAACCGAAUACGAACAAGUACAAUAACAACAAUCUCUCCUAUAUUAGGAGUAAAAAUAGGAGAACUAUUAAAUAAUGGCAAUAGCUCAAUAGAUAGUCACCGGUUGCGACGGUCCAGAAGUGCGCGUGAGAAUAGUUCUGGAACUAAUCUAAACUGUUUAAAUGUAAUUGAAAGACCACGUCCCGUGUCAUGCACAGCAGAUGGUAAAUUACAGGUAACAACAGAUGCCCAGGUGUACAGUAGUCUCGCCAUUCGUUCUGAUGUCGUUAGCGAUUCUGAAGAAUGCCCUACAAAUAAUGCAAACAAUAUCAAAAUCAGCAUUACUAAUGCUGAAAGUGAGACUAAUGUUGAUUUUGAGGAAAACAUUACACCGUUUCUUGACAAAGUCAAUGUUCAUUACAAUAUAACUGAUUCGGAAUCUUCCUUACCAGCUAGUAUAGGUAACAGCAGCCUGGAAGAUCUGUCAUUUGUAACAAUUUCCAAUUCACAACAGUCAUUAGUGCCGAAAGUAUCAAAACGAAGGCAAGAUUUGGCACUACCCCAUGUAAGGAAUAAUAUGAUCACCACUGCAUGACGAUGAAAUUUGGCUUUAAGACGAUUCAAAAUCAAGUUUGUGCACUACAACAAAAAGAAUUGACGCAGCAAUUAAGAAAUAAACAUAUCAUCAGGAUGAUUUAGUGCGUUGAGAAAACCAAAAUGCGAAUAUUUUUCCAGCAUGGCCUGCCCAGUCCCUGAUGGUACUGCAACCACUAAGGAUCCAGCGAAGGGUAGCCGUAUUACAUUAAAAGCUCUCCUUAGAGCUAAGGAACUUGCGCAGGUAUCAGUCGUUCAACUAGGAAACCACUUAAGAUGUCAAUCAUAAGCAUCGAAGUCAUCGCUAAACAAAGAUCGUCUGCAAAAUUUAAAGACAUUAUUGUUAUCAUCUCAUUAAAAAACAUCAAUCCAUAAAUUUAUUUCGUAUCUUUUUCUGCGAUAAUUACUACACUGACAGCUUUAGAAAUGCCAUUCUAACACCAUUUAAGGUGCUGCAGAAAAGUCGUUGUGCGCACUCCCUAAAUAGCGUAUUUUUCAUAUAUACUGCAAAGGUGCUAAGCGACGUAGCACCAUUUAGGGUGCUAGACUAGCGCAGCUACAAAGCUAAUAUCUACGUUUUAAAUGGGCAUGUUUUCCGUAUCUUUUGCGUACAGGAUUACAAGAAAAAAUGUAUUUUAACUUUUAAAUAUUAAUUUCUCAACAAUAUACAAAUAAAAA